AGUUAGUUACUGGGCUAUUAUUAUUAUGUGAUGCCGACUGAGACACUGCGCUACGUGCUGAGCGAUUAUUGAUGAUGCAGAUCAUGGAUGAAUUGCUUUUUCUAAUCUCUGCUGGAAUUGGAUAACUUCAGGAACAUGCUGACAUACUGAUCACCUCCUAACUUAGGUACUGCGCACUUACAACGAGAUAAGAUCAUGUAUUUGGGCAAGUUAUCCCGGCGUACGAAGCACUUGGCUCCGAUAAGACUGGCAUGGCCUCACGGAGGCCAUUCUCUCAGAGAGACUCUCUUGAAACCGAUGGCCUUCAGGGACGCUCUGAGAUUGUCUGCAGUUCUGUAUCCAGAGUACUUAUCAGAUCGAAGCACCCUAGAUUUCCACGCAAAUCUGAUACAUGAUUACGACCAGAGUCUGAUACUGAUCUGAAUUAGGCGGGCUCACAUAUCUUGACCUAUAUUAUUUAGUCUCAAAGUUGAAAUGGCUAAACUUGUCGAGCAAGUGGACCUGUCCAACACCAAGGCAGCGUAUUAUGCGCCAGUUACUGUCUCGAAAAGCAGCAGCAGUCUGAUUCACAUGUCUGGCCAGCCUGGCACGAGCAAGGAUGGCCACGUACCCUCAGACUACGAGUCACAGAUUCACCUGGCUCUGCUGAAUUUGAAGAAACUCAUUUACGCUGCGGGAGCAUCCAUUCAUCAUAUUGCCAAAAUCAACAUCUAUAUUGUCAACUACAAUCCAGCAGAACGAAAACAUGUGCGCCACAUUCAACGAUUCCUGAGAGGCCAUCGUCCAGCGAUGACUCUGGUGCCCGUUCAGCAGCUCGCCCUCCCGGAAUGGUUGAUCGAGAUUGAUGCCGCUGUUGCCGGUCCAUCCACUACUCUGGUCCCGGCACCACGGAUGCCAACUUCUCGACUCCACUCUGCUGAAGUCAUAGAUGUUAUAGUUAUAGGUGGCGGGCUAUCCGGCCUUACGGCAGCUGAGAAUGUUCUCAAGAGCGGCUUAAGCUGUGUGGUUUUCGAAGCCAGAGAUCGAGUGGGUGGUAAGACUUGGAGUUCACCAUUAAACAUCGGAACCGGCGUGGUCGAGCUCGGAGCGGCCUGGAUCAACGAUACCAACCAGAGUCGCGCGUACGCCCUGGCGAAACGGUUCAAUGCCGAACUCAUUCUGCAGAAUUCGAACGGAGACUGUGUUCUUCAGAGCUUUGACGGGUCCUGCAGUACUUUCCCGUACGGCGAACUUCCACCGUUCGACGAACUUACCGUCAAGGACGUCGCUGCGAUCCGAGACACUGUUCAGGCGGACUGCUUGGCCGUUGAUACAUUCCAGCCGCGAGAUACUUAUCUCGACUCACUCACCUUUGAAGCGUACCUGCGUUCCAAAGGCGCUUCAAGGGAGGCCCUCGCUACCGCGACGGUGUGGUCACGGGCAAUGCUUGGCCAAGAGCCUCGCGACAUCUCGGCACUUUACUUCCUCAACUACUGCAAAUCUGGUGGCGGGCUGCUUCAAAUGCGCUCUGAUCGGAAAGAUGGCGGGCAGUACCUGCGCAUUCGUCAGGGAACCCAGUUCUUGGCCAAAGAGCUCGCAGCAAGGCUGCCUGAAGGUGUAGUACGCCUCUCCACCCGCGUCAAAUCUAUACGUCAGGUAAUCUCCCGCGCCGUUGAAGUCCAUGUCUCUGGACAGGAUGGACCACGUGCCUACAUAGCUCGCAAGGUCAUCUGUUCCGUAGCCACGCCGGUUCUCAGGACGAUUGAGUUCUCGCCGCCGCUGUCACUCGAGAAGAAGAUUUUAGUAGACUCAACCACGUACGGCUACUACACCAAGGUCUUGCUGGUCUUCAAGUCUCCAUUCUGGAUUGCAAAAGGUUUCUGCGGCUUAGCGCAAUCAUUUGUUGGGCCUGCUUCGUUAAUCCGCGAUACUUCCAGUCCUGAGGAUGACAAGCAUGUGCUGACUUGCUUCCUCGCUGGGGAUUUUGGUCGAGCCUGGGCUCAAUUGCUGGCCGAAGAGCGCAAAAAGAGACUGCUACAGCAAGUCAGCACAUUGUUCAAUGAGCCAGAGCCAACCCUUCAGGGCAACCUUGUUCAAACCCUCCACUACGAUUGGUUGACAGAUGAGUUUGCUGGCUGGGGUUGUCCAUGCAUUUGUAUGGGCCCAGGCGUGCUUGAUACGGUUGGUGACGCGCUGCGAGAGACAUCCGGCGAUGUGCAUUUCGUCGGUACAGAGACGGCUGGUGAAUGGAAGGGUUACAUGGAGGGAGCCAUCCGUAGUGGAGAGAGAGGGGCGACCGAAGUGCUGGCAGACUUAACUAAAGACUCGGCUAGACUGUAAUAUGCUCGGGCGGCAUAUCAGAUUUAGAUAUUUACUGUCAUUCCAGUUCUAGAUCUACAACCGGGCAUAGGGUUUAGAAUUUGUAAGACUC